UUCUUGUUGCAAGCACAAUCUUGAGCUCUCAGACGUGAUGACAAAUAACACCAUCUACAUUCUAUCGGCCUGUCUCCUCGUGCCGGCCACAGGAGUCCUUUACUUGGUCCACCUGCACAAGAAAUUGUCCAAAAAGGUCACCCGAAAAUAUCUUCAUGUCGGCGAGUAUGACCUCACACUUGGACGGCCCGUCAACUUCCCGGACGCAGGCACCGAGCCCGGUACCAAGGUUUUCACAGAUUGCUUCGAAGCUAAAGUACCAACAAAGAGCUUGCCUCCUCUCGGUUACAAGGACUUGCACACCAAGUUCCUUCGAUAUAAUAUGGCAAGAUUCUCGCGUAUGCUGCAAGGUUAUCUCCUGCGGCUUGUGAAUCGUGACAAGGCAGAUACAGAGGGAUACCAUUAUGAUUCUAUUCUGAAUUUGGAUUUUAAAGUCGGGGAUCUAGUCAUGGGAACUUACCGUGUCACUCGCAGGGACGAUGCAACUGGGCUGGUGGAGCUGGGCUUUGAGCAGGACAAACACGUUGCGGGUGUUAUGGUAUUUCGCAUCGAACGAGACGACGAGUUCACAAGCUUCUCGACUCAGACAGUUAUGUGGGAUCCUACCGAUUAUUCAGUAGCCCGACUGCCGCUUUCGAAGCCACUUGUACGAUAUUGGCAUGAGGUGACCGCCAUGUGGCUUAUUGACACUGGAAUAAAGCACCUGCAAAAUAGAGACUAAAGGAAUAUAGGCAAUGAACGCUAGUCUGUUUUGGAUCAAUGGCAUCUGUUAGCAGUUCAAAGGGUUAUUUUUCCCGUCGCCUAUCUAGAAUGGACAGAAGGUUAUUUAAACUGCAGUCUUCCAGCCAACGUGCCCACCGUUUCAAACCGCUAUAAUCAGACUCUGCGGAAACCGGGGUCUGACGUUGACUUUCAUGCAUUAAUUAAAUUAAGUUUCUUAUGAUAUUCAAAGAGGUGCGGUUUAGAUCAAAUAAUGAGCAUCUAUUGCUGUUGUAGUAAUGUGAACAAUGAGUUUCCCUAACGGCUAAUACAGGAACUAGCAUUGCAAGAAAUAUUAGAUUUUAAACUGCCUCAUUUCCAUAUUACUGGAC